AAAGAAAGAAAGAAAAGGAAAAGAGAAAGAUAGAUAACAAUCCCCCAGGCACACACACUCACUCAACACUCGCUGGGGGAGAGAGAGGGGGAAAAGGGAUAGUUUUUUUUUGUUUGUUUGAGAAAGGAGAGCAGAAAAUGGCUGGGAAAAUCUUUGAUUGUUUUUGGUUGGUGUGUUUAUGGUGAUGGGAGGGUGGCUUUUUGGGCACACUGGUGAGCAUUCUGGAAGAGAUCGGGGUUUGGAUUGUGGUUCUUUUCUGGGUGUAACUUUUUUUUGGUUUUGUAAUGGUGGAGAUUGUUUUGUGAGAUUUGGGUGCUAGGGUUUUUGUGAGGGUUCUCUGUGAUGGUGGGUUUGGUGGCUGUGGAAUAUUGUUUGGAUCUGAGAGGGAUUUACUGACAGAGAUGGAAGUGAGGGUUGUUGGGGCUGCUCUUUUACUCUGGUUGAUCUUGGUGGUUCGUCCAUUAUGCUUGAUUUCAGCUAACAUGGAAGGUGAUGCUUUGCACAGCCUAAGGACCAACUUACAGGAUCCUAACAGUGUCCUGCAGAGUUGGGAUCCUACCCUCGUUAACCCCUGUACAUGGUUUCAUGUCACCUGCAACAAUGAUAAUAGUGUCAUAAGAGUUGAUCUUGGGAAUGCAGCUUUGUCUGGUACACUUGUCCCUCAGCUUGGCCUGCUCAGGAAUUUACAGUAUUUGGAGCUUUACAGUAACAACAUAAGUGGACCAAUUCCCAGUGACCUAGGGAAUCUUACUAGCUUGGUGAGCUUGGAUCUUUAUUUGAACAGUUUUACCGGUCCCAUCCCAGAUUCAUUGGGCAAGCUGUCAAAACUGAGAUUUCUUCGGCUUAACAACAACAGCCUGACGGGUCCUAUUCCUAUGUCAUUGACUAAUAUCACUUCACUGCAAGUGCUGGAUCUAUCAAAUAACCAUCUCUCUGGAGUAGUUCCAGACAAUGGCUCCUUUUCGUUAUUUACCCCCAUCAGUUUUGCUAACAACCUGGGUCUUUGUGGCCCAGUUACUGGGCACCCCUGCCCAGGCUCUCCUCCAUUUUCUCCCCCUCCUCCUUUUGUUCCACCACCUCCAAUUUCUACACCAGGUGGGAAUAGUGCCACUGGGGCAAUUGCUGGAGGAGUUGCUGCAGGUGCUGCUUUGCUAUUUGCAGCCCCUGCAAUUGCGUUUGCAUGGUGGCGUAGAAGGAAACCUCAAGAAUUUUUCUUUGAUGUGCCUGCUGAGGAGGAUCCAGAAGUCCAUCUGGGGCAGCUUAAAAGGUUUUCACUACGAGAAUUACAAGUUGCAACAGAUAGUUUUAGCAACAAAAACAUUCUGGGUAGGGGUGGAUUUGGGAAGGUUUACAAAGGUCGUCUGGCAGAUGGUUCACUGGUUGCUGUAAAAAGACUGAAAGAAGAGCGCACACCUGGUGGUGAGCUGCAGUUUCAAACAGAAGUAGAGAUGAUCAGCAUGGCUGUGCAUCGAAACCUCCUCCGGUUACGAGGUUUCUGUAUGACACCAACUGAGCGGCUUCUUGUUUAUCCUUACAUGGCUAAUGGAAGCGUUGCAUCAUGUUUAAGAGAACGACCACCAUCUCAACUACCCCUUGAUUGGCCCACAAGGAAGCGGAUUGCUUUGGGAUCUGCAAGGGGUCUUUCUUAUCUGCAUGAUCAUUGUGACCCAAAGAUUAUUCAUCGUGAUGUAAAAGCUGCAAACAUUUUAUUGGACGAGGAGUUUGAGGCUGUUGUUGGGGACUUUGGGUUGGCUAAACUUAUGGACUACAAGGAUACCCAUGUGACAACCGCUGUACGGGGCACAAUUGGGCAUAUAGCUCCAGAGUACCUCUCUACCGGGAAGUCAUCUGAGAAGACUGAUGUUUUUGGGUAUGGGAUUAUGCUUCUGGAGCUAAUCACUGGACAGAGGGCUUUUGAUCUUGCUCGGCUUGCAAAUGAUGAUGAUGUCAUGCUGCUUGAUUGGGUGAAAGGACUACUGAAAGAGAAGAAACUAGAAAUGCUAGUUGAUCCUGAUCUCCAGAAUAAUUACGUAGAAGCUGAGGUGGAGCAGCUAAUCCAGGUGGCGCUGCUUUGUACUCAAGGCUCCCCAAUGGACCGGCCGAAGAUGUCGGAAGUUGUGAGAAUGCUUGAAGGUGAUGGCUUGGCAGAGAGAUGGGAUGAGUGGCAGAAGGUGGAAGUUCUCCGCCAGGAAGUGGAACUCGCUCCUCAUCCCAACUCUGAUUGGAUUGUUGACUCCACAGAAAAUCUACAUGCAGUUGAGUUAUCUGGUCCAAGGUGACCCUGCCACAGUAAAAUUAAAGAAAGAAAUUACUACUUUUUUUUUUUUUUUUUUUUAAUAUAAAAUUUUCUUCCCUUUCUUUUUUCUUUUCUUAGUGACCAAAUAUUCUGAUGAUGUCUCCUGUAAGUCCACUCUGCAUUGUAUUCAUUACAUUUGUGCAUAUCAGUCAGCCUUGUCGAGGUGCAGUUUCACGAAGCCCUGAUGUUUUUGCCCAAAUGAAAGCUUGUGGCACUUUUAAUCUCU